AUGGCGGCGGCGGCGGCGGGGCCUGGAGCCGGAUCUAAGAUGGCGGCGGCGGGGCCUGGAGCCGGAUCUAAGAUGGCGGCGGCGGCGGCGGGGCCUGGAGCCGGAUCUAAGAUGGCGGCGGCGGGGCCUGGAGCCGGAUCUAAGAUGGCGGCGGCGGCGGCGGUCCCAGGCAGCGCGGGGCCCUGCGCGGUCGUGUCCGUGUUCCCCGGCGCCCGCCUCCUCACCAUCCGCGACGCGAACGGCGAGAUCCAGCGGCACGCGGAGCAGCAGGCGCUGCGCCUCGAGGUGCGUGCCGGCCCGGCCGCGGCGGGCAUCGCCCUCUACAGCCAUGAAGAUGUGUGCGUCUUUAAGUGCUCGGUGUCCGGAGAGAGAGAGUGCAGCCGCGUGGGCAAGCGGUCCUUCAUCACCACCCUGGGCUGCAACAGUGUCCUCAUCCAGUUCGCCACACCAAAUGAUUUCUGUUCCUUCUAUAACAUCCUGAAAACCUGUCGGGGCCACACCCUGGAGCGAUCGGUGUUCAGCGAGCGCACAGAGGAGUCCUCUGCCGUGCAGUAUUUCCAGUUUUAUGGCUACCUGUCCCAGCAGAACAGGAUGCAGGACUACGUGCACGGCACCUACCAGCACGUAAUCCUGCAGAACCACACAGACUUCAAGGACAAAAUUGUUCUGGACGUUGGCUGCGGCUCUGGGAUCCUCUCCUUUUUCGCUGCCCAAGCUGGAGCGAGGAAGAUCUAUGCGGUGGAGGCCAGCACGAUGGCCCAGCACGCCGAGGUCUUGGUGAAGAGUAACCACCUCACUGAGCGCAUCGUGGUCAUCCCCGGGAAGGUGGAGGAAGUCUUGCUCCCUGAGCAGGUGGACAUCAUCAUUUCAGAGCCUGUGGGCUACAUGCUCUUCAACGAGCACAUGCUGGAGAGCUACCUCCACGCCAAGAAGUACCUGAGGCCCCGGGGGGGGGACAUGUUCCCCACCAUUGGUGACGUCCAUCUUGCGCCCUUCACGGAUGAACAGCUCUACAUGGAACAGUUCACCAGGAACUUCUGGUACCAGCCAUCCUUCCAUGGAGUGGACCUGUCAGCCCUCCGAGGCGCUGUGGGGGACGAGUAUUUCCGGCAGCCUGUGGUGGACACAUUUGACAUCUGGAUCCUGAUGGCCAAGUCUGUCAAGUACACAGUGAACUUCUUAGAAGCCAAAGAAGGAGAUUUGCACAGGAUAGAAAUCCCAUUCAAAUUCCACAUGCUGCAUUCCAGGCUCGAUCACGCUGUCGCCUUCAUCGGCUCCAUAAUGACAGUGCGGCUCUCCACGGCCCCGACGGAGCCCCUGACCCACUGGUGCCAGGUCUGGUGCCUGUUCCAGUCACCACUGUUCGCCAAGGCCGGGGACACGCUCUCAGGGACAUGUCUGCUUAUUGCCAACCAAAGACAGAGCUAUGACAUCAGUAUUGUGGCCCAGGUAGACCAGACAGGCUCCAAAUCCAGUAACCUCCUGGAUCUGAAAAACCCCUUCUUCAGGUACACCGGCACGACGCCCUCGCCCCCACCCGGCUCCCACUACACGUCCCCCUCCGAGAACAUGUGGAACACGGGCAGCACCUACAACCUCAGCAGCGGGAUGGCUGUGGCGGGGAUGCUGACCGCCUACGUGAGCAGUGUUAUCGCCGGCGGCUCCAGCGUGGGCCACAACAACCUGAUUUCUUUAGGGUCCUCCGGCGCCCAGGGCAGCAGCGGCGGCGGCUCCAGCGCCCACUACGCAGUCAACAGCCAGUUCACCAUGGGCGGCCCUGCCAUCUCCAUGGCCUCCCCCAUGUCCAUCCACACCAUGCACUAUGGGAGCUGGGCCCCGCCGGCAUGGAACAGACUGACAGCACCAGGAAGCCAAAUGAAGACCCUGCCCACCCCCCCACCCCCACCUGGGCGGCUUUCACCCCUGUACCGGAGAAGCCCAAACACCUGGUCACGUCCCUCUUUGCUAUGGGAACUUGGACACUUUUUUACACAACAUUGCCGCCGCCGCCCCCACUCCACCGCCCACCCACAUCUUGGCCCUGAGAGUGUGUCGCUGCCAUAUUUUACACAAGAUCAUGUCGUGGGAGCCCUGUUUCCCCCUCCUGCCCUCCACCCUGACCUGGGUUUGACAUCUUCUGUAACAGGCGUGUCCGGGCCUGACAGCUGUGGGCCUGGCGGGGAGUUGGGAGGGAUGGGGGGAGCAGGUGCCACCCCACCCGGUCCCUUGGCGCCUGUCCCCCCACUUUGCCUGUCUCCAAUGGGAACGCAGUCCUGA